AACGAAAACUAUUGAUGGCGGGAAAAUAUUGAUUGGGAGCUUUAUCAUUAAUUUCAUGCUCGCUGGCACCAUAAGACUUUCGGCAAUAUACUUUGUGGAAUCUCUAACCCGAUACAAUGUCAAUAGAAAGCAGGCAUCCUUUCCUUUCGUUCUCACUUUUAUAGUUAGAAACCUUUCAGGCCCUUUUGUUGGUUACUUAUUUCAAAUUUUCGGGAUGAAAUCAAUGAUAUUAAUUGGAUGCUCAAUAUCAACAAUUAGCAUAGGUGCUUGCUUUUUUUCGGAGGACAUAUUAGCGAUAACGCUAUUAUGGGGAUUGAUGUUUGGUCUUGGUUAUGUCUUGGGAAAUCACAUGCUACCAGCUCUCUUGAAUGAACUAUUUCCAGAAAGUAAAAGCAAGGCUAACGGAUUUUCAACAUCUGGCGCCUGUAUAGGCGGCAUCUUUUUACCCCUUUUAAUUGAGAACUCUAUAAAUUUAUACGGCGUUUCAGGAUCAUUUCUGAUUUUAUCAGCUGUAAUGGCUCAUACUAUUCCAGCUGCUAUGCUACUGAAAAAUCCUGUUGCAAAAAAAUCUGAUCCAUACAAAGAUAAAUACACGAAAUUUAAACUUCACUCAGUAGAAGAGCAAAAUGAAACACAUGUUUUGAAUUCUCUUGAACCAGAAAAGCAUCAUGAAACACAAAUUUCAACAUCUCAUGAAACAGAACAAGGGCCUGAAUUGAAAGUUUCAUGCGAGCAAAAUGAACACGAAUGUGGAGUGUUAGUUGACAGUAAUUCAAAAGAUAGUAAGAAACGGAACAGAUGGAAAAGUUCGAUUCUAUCUUUGAAAGUUUAUCUUGAUCUGCCGUUUCUUCUUUUACUUUUAAUCAAUGCUGGUACUCUGUUCAUUUGUUUCACCGUGUUUACUAUAAUUCUAGAUUUCGUUCGUGAUAAAGGCGUUGGUGCAAAUUUGGAGAUAUAUUACGUUGUGUGUCUACCCGUUUUUGAUUUAUGUGGUCGCCUUGGCUCAGGAGUUUUUAACGAUAAAUAUUACUUAACUACACCGACAACUACAACAAUAUGUUUUGUAUGCGCAUCUGUAUCAUUCAUAGCGUUUAUCUUCGUUCGUCAUUAUGUACUUGUGUUGUUGUGUGAGUUCAUUUUGUGUGUUUUCAUAGGAGCACUAUUUGUUUUAAUGAUCGCGUUAAUACCAGAUUGCAUAGAAGAAGAUAAAAGGACUAUGGCAAUGGGUUCUAGGCUCAUUUUAUACCCCCUAUUUAGUCUAGGAAUGUCGCCUAUGAUAGGUCACUUUAGAGGUACACAGGGGUCCUAUGACGGUGUCCUGUAUGUUUUGAGUGGAAUUUGCAUCGGAUGUGGGUUUUUAACAUAUUUCAUUCCAUACUUAACGAAGAGAAGAAAGACAAAAAGCCCCCAAUGAAAUCGUCAACAAUCCAACGGUUGAUCAAUGACUCAAUUGUGAAUUCUAUGCUCAUCUACAAUCCUGCUGCUGUGAUAAGUGAUAACUUAAUGUAUUCAAAUAAAACCAUUGAGUUUGAAGAAGAAAUUAUUUGAAUUCAUGUGCUAGUGUUGUUCAAUUCUUAACCUGUUUCAUAUGAAGUUUCAGAUUACUUUUCGUAAAAGCUCUUUAAGUUUUUUUUAAAAAUAAUUAGUUGUUAUACAAUUAAUUUUAUUCUGGUCCGUACUUCGUGUUCUCAACGGUAGGGGGCAGUAUUUACAGACGUUGUUUCAACUCUCGGUAGAAGAUUCGUUAGUAAUGAUUUCUCUACUUUUUUUUCAUAAUCUUUUGACUUAUUUUUUAAUAUAAUUAUUUGUUUUCUAUGAUGAAAUAUUCGUUUACAAGUGGUGGCAGUUCUGUUUUUGGAUGCCCUACACGUCGAUGCCCUAAUUUGUUAUCUGAAAUUAAGAUAUCUAAAUUUUAUAAAUAGCCAUCACGUCGAAUUCAUUGGAGCAAUGCAUUAAAGGAAAGACUAAGAGAAAAGAAAUAGUCAUGCUCUACUAUGGCGCCAGAGAAAUACAGCACAACUUAUUUUGUUAUUUUUAUUAUUUGAUAGAUGUGCUUUUUUUUCCUUGUGUUUGAAUAUGUAUGACUCAUUCUUUAUAAAUUUCAGAGAAUCAUGUUUUAAUUUCUAUGACUCAUUUAAUAAAGUGCUGCUCAGUGCA